AUGGCAUGUCCCUUUCUGGAAGACCCGAUUGAUGAAGAAGCAAGACUGAUUCGCAGAGAACUGCGAUUGCGUCGGGCGAGGAUUUUCCGUCCACGAUUUCCCAAUGUGAUUGGCUGCAUUGAUGGCACCCACAUUCCUAUCACUGCUCCUUCAGAAAAUGAAGGAGAUUAUGUGAAUAGGAAGUCCUUCCAUAGCAUCAAUGUGCAGAUCAUUUGUGAUGCAGCACACAUUAUCACAAAUGUGGAAGCCAAGUGGCCCGGGUCUGUGCAUGACUCCCGCAUAUAUCGAGAGUCUACAAUAAGCAAUAGACUGGAACGUGGAGAGAUUCAUGGCUUCCUUCUGGGUGACAGGGGUUACCCCUGCCAACGAAAUCUUAUAACCCCUUACCCAGACCCUCAACCAGGACCCCAGCAGCACUUCAAUGUGGCACACUGUAGGACGAGAGCCAGGGUAGAGAUGACUAUAGGCCUGUUGAAAGCCCGUUUCCAGUGCUUACGUCAUCUCAGAGUAACCCCUGAGAGAGCCUGUGACAUAAUUGUGGCAUGUGUUAUUCUCCAUAAUAUUGCAACUAUUAGAGGAGAGCAACACCCUGCCCUACAAAUAGAAGACCCUGAGGAGGACCCCAUCCAGCUCCCAGAAAAUCAGGAUGGAAGGGCAAUCAGAGAUCUGAUCUGCAACAACCAUUUUCCAUGUUAAAUUACAGCCACACAGAAUACCACACUGUCACACGUUCAUUUUAUUUAGUCUUCCUUAUAUCCUACAGACAGACAGAGACAAAGAGAACAUUUUUCUGUUAGUUUUUCAUAUUGCUCUAAUAAUACAUUAAAUUUACCUCUGACUACACACACACCUCCAGCUUGUGUUUAAGUAUCUCGAUUUCCAGAUCUGCCUUUUGGAUCUGGCGGUCCAGGUAUAACAUUUCC